AUGGGUAACCAUUCAAGCAUAAUUAACACAUUGACCAAAAUUCCUGCACUGUGGAUAGCACAGUCGAAGGAGACGUUCCUGCCCCAGUUCGUGUACAACCUCUGCAAAGAAUAUAUGUCAUCGGAAAAUGAUCGAAAACGAUAUGAGCCUGUCAAGGUGAGCCAAAUUUCGUUUAAAUUUUCAGAUUAUAGCAUGCAGUAAACUCGUUCACUCGUUCUUUUUCUGAGCUUCUUUAUCUCAGCUGUAAAAAUGUAUAAAAGCAGAUGGACAUGAAUAAAGAUUAAAGGCUGAUUUCAUUCGGUGCAAAAUGUCACGCGAUCUACGUUUGGCUAUUACCUCUUUCUUUUGUCUCCUGAGCACUCGACCUUAUCCAUGAUAGUCCAUAGCUCAUGAGACAAAAGGAAAAUCUUCGCACUGAAUGGAAUUGCCCUAUUUAGCUAGAUGGAAUGACGUGCAUGAUUUAAAUAGUCAUUCAAACACUCAUUAAUAAUUCAUAAGCUUAUUGGCAAAUCAAGUCAACUAUAAUAUGUCACGUGCAGUGGCUUUAAACCUGAUAAAACACUGCUAAUUAGUAUUCUUUAUAUAAAGAAUACUAAUAAGGCAGUAUCUAUUGUUGUUGUGUCCUCAUUAGUAUUUUUAUAUAAAGAAUACUAAUAAGGCGGUAUAUCUAUUGAAUUUGUAGUCGUGUUUGAAGCUGUUUAAUAAACUCGCAGGCCGUCGUGUUUUAUUAGGUCAAAGCCACUCGCGCUGCGCGCUCGUGUCUUUAAACCUAAUAAAACACUCCUGUUCGUUUAUUAAACAGUACAUUAAUUUCUUGUACUAACAAGUUGCUACUUUCAGCUCAUUGGGAAACAGCAGAAUAAGGAAGUAUGGGUAUUUAACAAGGACGUACACAUAAACGCCGACGGCUUGCUUGUGCCAGUAGAAGACCGCACGUUCUUGAUAAGCAAGGACGACAAGCUUCCUGAACUAACAAACGUGGUUGGAGGUAAUUUAAUGCGUAUAUACAGCUAUUUCAAUUAAGGUUGUCCUCAUCAAAGUGAAAAAUUCGAAUACGAGCGUGAAAGGCUGCUGAGAAUCGCUAAAAUAUUCAUUAAUUUUUUAGCGAUUCCCAGCACUGGCCAGCAGCCUUUCGCGCUCGUAUUUGACUUUAUUUUUAGCGAUUUCCAGCAGCCUUUCACGCUCGUAUUCGACUUUUCCGCUUUGCUCGGGGACAGCCUUAAUUAAAAUAUUUUAAACUUCGAUUUUUUAAAUCGAAUAAAUGAUAUGUACAGUAGAACUGUGGGUUGAUUGAAAUUGCAAGCAAUUACUUUGAACAAUACUCUGAACACUCUCUGAAUCGGCGAUACAAAACUCAAGUACAAUAAUCAAUAUAUACAUUAGCAGUUUCUAGUAUGACAUAUAUAUUUUUGGUUUCAUUACAGAUUUCGAUAACGGCGAAGCUCUUCGAGAAUUACUUCUCGCGGAACGAGAACUGUUUCAAAAUAAUUUUGCCCAGGUUAUCAUGGGUCAUGCGGCCAGUGGAAUGGCCGCAAAUUACGAUUUGUUAAUUCGCGAAUUCGAAGGUUGCCCAACGCCCGUGCUCAAAGGAGAACCUGUCUCAGGAAAAACAACGGCGCUUAAAUGUAUUUUAAGUGUGUUUGGAAUAACGAAAUUUAGCAGUGGUAAGGUUGAACAUCUAUAAUAGACCUUUCCAAGGUUAUCGACCCAUCAUGAAACGCAAUAGUGAAACUGUGCAAGGGGUGCAAAUACAAUGGAAUUCCCUAGAGGUAAAUUUGCAAGGGGUGCAAACACAAUGGUGAAAACAAUGGAUUCAAGAUGGCAUCGUUAACCUUGGAAAGGUCUAUUACACAGUAGAUUAGCCAGAUUAGGCCGUUUGCUGUAACCUCGAAAUUUUAUACUUUGGCACUGAUCUUUGUCUAUCUGAUCUCCAUCUACAACUUAAUUAAGAUGCGAAAAAUUUUACUUGUUGUAAGCACCUUGCGCAGCUCAUCUCCUAGUGAUCUGCGCGAGUUGUUUUGUUUCUCCGGGGCAUCGCACGAUGUAUAUACUCGCUCCUCUGUUACUGAUCUCAAAAUACCAUCUGUCAAAUCUAAUCUUUCCAAGACCAAACUCUCAUACAGUGGUGUUUUACUUUUCAAUUCUUUACCAAAUGACCUGAAAGUGUAUAACGAUUACUCCCCGUCUGCGUGUAAGCAUAAAGUUAAGAGGUUUUUCUCUAAUCUUAAUCAUGAGGUUGACCAUCUUGAACAAUUUUCGUGUCUUCCUUGCAAAAACCAAUUAACUGCAUUUGUUACUCGCACUGAAUUUUCUUUUAAUUUUUAACAACCUAUAUAUUGUCAAAACUAAAAAAAAACACAUUAUGCAUGCUUAAUAAUACAGUUAUUCUCGUAUUUGGUACUAUAAGUUGUAUAGUCCCAUAUGUGCUGUGUCAAAUGCAACUAUAUAGACUUGCUUCUUUGUAUAUAUUGUAAAUACUGUAGGGUAUCUAAUUUUUAGAGGGCUAUUUGGUAGAAUGCCUUCUCAGGUAAAAAUGUAUAUUUACCCUCAUCAAAUAAAUAAAUGCUAAUUCACUAUGGUUAAACAUAAAUCAUGCAGUUAAUUACUUUUAUAAUUUUAACUUUGUAAAGCGACUCAGUUCUUUAUGUUACGUACUUUAUUUUCUGAAGAAUGCUCCAGUAAAUACGUAGAAAAAAUGCAGUCGAGGACGACAAUCCCCUUUGGUUGGGACGAUUCGUCAAACAUAAAAACGUUGAAAAACGUGACCGUGAACUCUUAUAAUGCCGUAAGUGUUCCUGUAACCUCGUUUAGUUGAAUUUUAGGUUAUAUACAGUAUACCCAGGCCGCGUUGUAAAUGAUUAGUGGAACCUAAGUAAGCGGCGAUUUUUUUGUCAACAUUGGACGUCACCCGAAAAGUAGUAUAACUAAUAUUGGCGGCAGUUUGCAUCAUAGCGGUCAUAUAAGGAAACAAAAAACUUUAAAAAUCUUAUUUUUAUCAUAUAUGUUGAAGAUUACCACAAACUGAUACAAACAUAGUUUUUAAUCCAUUCCCUCCUUCGGUUAUCUGACGUCUGUGUUAAAAAAAUGUCGAUCGCUUGCUUAAGCUUUCCUAUUGUUUUUUCAUUGACUGCAAGCUGGAAACAGGUACUGAAACAAGCUAAACUGAAUAGAUGCCAUGAUGAAUAUUUACAAGUUUAGUCGUCGCUUAUUACUUGAUCUCUAUAUUUUAGUGUGGAAGUUCAAAUUUGAUGGCAUCUUUUAAGCCGCAUACUGUGCCCAUCAUCACCACAAACGAAAAUUGCAACGACAUCAAGUAAGUAAAAUCAUUAUUGCGUGGUUGUUCCGGUCUUGAGCUAACGUAUUUUAGUUUUUUCUUUUACUCUGAGUGCGUUCAAGAUACUGCAAUGAUUGCGGCAGUAUAGUGUUCUUAGUAUCUUCACUUGUAAUGACAUCUUGUAAUGGCAUCAUUUUUUAAUGGCAUUUUUUUAGAAUUAAAUCUCGGUGGUUGCCAAUAUUGUUCGCGUCAAUUUCUCCAAAACUGGACGGACAAGCUCUCUUGAAAGCAGAGAAAAGUGUCAGAAGAAAAAGAGAAAGUGCUCACAAGAGUAUCUCAAUAUUAACGUCUUACUUACAUGGAGUGAUUAGCCAAUAUGAGAAUGACGAAGACUUUAUUAACGCACGAGCCAAUGUGCAGGAAGAAAUCACCCAAAACAACUAUAAAGUAGAUCAGAGGGCAUUAGAAUCAUUUACAAUGUUAUUAUUUUGCUCGAAAAAGGUAUGUACUGUAUAUGCCAUGACUACAUAUGCAGUUGUUUUUUCGGUUUAUUGUUUACCUUUUUCCCAUAUUUCCUUUCCAUCAAAUUUUUCCGUUCUCUAGAUACUUCAAAAAUUAGAGAUGCCAGAUUUAUACAAUAUUGUAUGGGAAAAACUGGCGACACUUAUUCUGCCAGCGUAUUGCAACGACGUCGGCCAAGGAUCUGGAGAGGACACGAAUCCAGCUAAACUAAGUAAAGAUAAUCUAAUCAAAGACUUUUUGAAACUCCAUUUGCCAUCGGCAAUUCUAAACAAAGAUACCAAAGACGUGAGUAAUAAUACAAAAAAGGCCUACAAUUAUUCUGUUUUUACAAGUCCCCAAAUCAUGUUAUGUUGCAACCAUGUAUUACCAUACACAUUACGCUUAUGCAUGAAAUUACAAAAUUUUUGUUAUAGGCAUUAAAAUUCUUUGAUCAAGAGAUCAGGCCAAAAACCUGCACUUGCGGAAUUGUUGUUGCUUUUAACAUCAAGCAAGCAAUAGAUUGCGUUGAAAACAUUUUCGGGCAACAGACCGUUGCAGGAAUAACAGAAGCUGCCAUUCGACAUUAUGUUAAGCAGAACGGCAUAGGUUGUAAUGGUCGGCAGGUUAAAUUCAAGGCAUUACCAACAGGCCAACAGUUGCGGGCGCUCCAUAUUAAGAGGGCAUGGUUCGAUCCCGUUACGAUUACGAAACUGGAUAGCAGUAAGUGUUUAUAACCAUCAACAUUCAGUAAAAAAGACGAAAGUCCAGACUGAAAUGUAUUCGCAACAACUUUUUCUAAUAACACUUUUAACAAUUAUUAAUUAUUAUAAACAGCCGAUGUGCAGGAGGGGUUACAAACUAACUACCCUGACCUUGACAAAGUAUCGUUUUAUAAUCUAUUUAUUCAUUUUAUUUUAUCAAAUCAAGCGAGAAUAAUCAAUUUCAAUAAUCAAUUUCAUUCAAUUCAGUCUGGAAAAGGAACAAUCAACUGGAACACCAUGAAUAUCCAAAAACAUACAAAUAUUUUGAUUGCUAUGCAAUCAUUUUGUUUUCGCAUUUAAGCCCAAACUACGCCGUUACCAGGUAUUAAUGUCUAUACAAUUUUUGUAUGAGAGAAAUUGAAUGAUGAUAUUUACCUUUCAGAACUAGGAAAAAGGAACCCUGGGAAGAUACAGAGUAAAUUAAGUUAGUACAAAAUCUUUGCUAACUAUUUAUUACGUUUAAGAACCUCACACCAAUUGUACAUCCUCACCAAAUAAUUAUGAUGAUGUGUGUUUCACCUUUCUUUCAAACAGAUAAUUCAGGCCAGUCAGCAACACAAACAACUGGUGUCGAUGUGCACCUAAUAAAUCAGCCAGAAACGAUGACAAUCAAUGGUGAGUAUAAAAUACUUAAUGUUAAAUACUGGUAUUAAAUGAUUCGGAAAAAUUUGCACGUUCAAACUGAACAAAUAACAUUGUACGUUUCCCAUUUCUAUCAAUCAGAUGAUUUAGACCAAUCAGCUGCAACCCAGAUCACAAAUGCCGGCGAUGUGCAACUAACAAAUCAGCCAGAAACGAUGACAAUCAAUGGUGAGUAUAAAAUACUUAAUAUUAAAAACUGCUAUCAAAUGAUUUGGAAAAAUUUGCACGUUCAAACUGAACAAAUAACAUAUUGUACGUUUCCCAUUUCUUUCAAUCAGAUGAUUUAGACCAAUCAGCUGCAACCCAGAUCACAAGUGCCGGCGAUGUGCAACUAACAAAUCAGCCAGAAACGAUGACAAUCAACAUUGGUGAGUAUAAAAUACUUAAUAUUAAAAACUGGUAUCAAAUGAUUUGGAAAAAUUUGCACGUUCAAACUGAACAAAUAACAUAUUGUACGUUUCCCAUUUCUUUCAAUCAGAUUAUUUAGACCAAUCAGCUGCAACCCAGAUCACAAAUGUCGGCGAUGUGCAACUAACAAAUCAGCCAGAAACGAUGACAAUCAAUGGUGAGUAUAAAAUACUUAAUAUUAAAAACUGGUAUCAAAAACAAAUAACAUAUUGUACGUUUCCCAUUUCUUUCAAUCAGAUUAUUUAGACCAAUCAGCUGCAACCCAGAUCACAAGUGCCGGCGAUGUGCAACUAACAAAUCAGCCAGAAACGAUGACAAUCAAUG